UUAGAAUUCAACUCGAUGGCAAUGAGUUUAUAACCAAGCAGCCAAUAAAUGGUGGAUCUGAGAUUCUCACCCCAACAGUUUGGCUCUAACGGCCCCUACCUCUUAGAAAACAAGUCAUUUUAUAUCUCAGAGAUCCAAGGAUCAAGAGACUGAGACAUAUGUCUACAGAAAUAAAUAGGCCAACCUCCUGAACACAAACUCCUGGAAAAACCAGUCUACCAGGAGGCAGAAGAUGAUUCUCCCAGACUUCAGAAUCAAGUCUUACUCUUCUACUAGGUUGUAAUUUGGGGUUAUUUUCUUACCUUUCUACCUACUGUUAUUCUAUGUAAGAGACACUGAAAAAUGUUGGUUGAAUGUGGAGAUAGAGAAGAUAAAUUGCAGGCAAGUUAUUAAAUGAGAAAAUAGGAUAAAGAUAAUUACAAAUUAACUCAUGGAUUCAAGUAGAGUAGAUUAACAAUAGAUAAAUUUGAACUCAAAGAGCUUCCUUUUUAGACAAUAUCCCAAAUUUUGAAUAUGAAGAUAUUCGAACGGAUCACAUUACCGCAUGAAAAUGAGGAAGGAAACUCAGUAUAAGAAAGCAGAACGACGACACUGGCUUCAAACAAACGCUCUUGGGCUGAACUAAUGACUGCUUUAAUCAGAAGACACAGAACUGAGUACCCUUCCAAACAAAGCGGACAUCAGGAAUAAUGAACGCCACCACGGUGAAGGGCCUCAACGGAUCUGAGCGGUGCCCCAGAGACACACGGAUGACACAGCUGGUGUUCCCCGUCCUCUACACUAGCAUUUUCUGCAUGGGCAUCCUGAUGAACACUCUGGCCCUGUGGGUGUUCAUUCACAUCCCCAGCUCCUCCACCUUCAUCGUCUACCUCAAAAACACCUUGGUGGCUGACUUGAUAAUGACUUUCAUGCUUCCGUUCAAAAUCCUCUCUGACUUGAACCCUGGACUCUGGCAACUCAGAGGUUUCGUUUGCCGCUUCUCGGCCGUUGUCUUCUAUGAGACCAUGUAUGUGGGCAUCAUGCUGCUCGGCCUCAUUGCCUUUGACAGAUUCCUCAAGAUCAUCAGACCUUUCGGGAAGUUUUUCGUACAGAAACCUGCUUUUGCAAAAGCUAUCUCAGCCCUCAUCUGGCUCCUUUUGUUCCUCAUCUCCUUGCCAAACAUGAUCUUAAGUAACAAGGAGGCCACACCGUUAUCAGUGAAGAAGUGUGCUUCUCUGAAGAGCUCUGCGGGGCUGGUUUGGCAUCAGGUGGUCAGUGACAUAUCCCAGUUCAUCUUCUGGGCUGUUUUUGUUCUCAUGCUUCUGUUCUACGUGGUGAUUGCGAAAAAAGUAUACGAUUCUUACAGAAAAUCCAAAAGUCAGCACAGCAGAAGCAAGAAAAAGCUGGAAGGUAAAGUGUUUGUCGUGGUGGCUGUGUUCUUUGUGUGUUUUGCCCCACUUCAUUUUGCCAAGGUUCCGUACACUCACAGUCAAAUCAACAAUAAGACUGACUGUCGACUGCAACAUCAACUAUUUAUUGCCAAGGAAACAACUCUCUUUUUGGCAGCCACUAACAUUUGUAUGGAUCCCUUAAUAUAUGUAUUCUUAUGUAAAAAAUUCAUGGAAAGACUACCAGGCAUGAGUCGGAGAAAGACCACAGCAUCCAGCCAAGAAAAUCACAGUACUCAGACAUAUAACCCAAAGUAAGACCGCACACGGUACUGGGGAAGCCAGCACAACUUGUACAGGCAAAGUCAUGCAACCUCCACAGGCACACACGACCUCCCUGAGGGACCAGAUUGCUGGGCUAAGGGCUGUGGGGACCAUGGUCUCGGGAAACAUGUAGCUCAAUUGGCGUAAUAUACUUUAUAAAGAAAAUGUUCUACAUUCUACUUUGGUGAGUAGCAUCUGGGGUCUUAAAAGCUUUUGAGCAGCCAUUUAAGAUACUACACUGAUCUCACCUCACUGGGAGCAAGGGAGAAUGAAGAAAACUAAAGAUACAAGGGAAAGAUUAGUCCAAAGAACUAAUGGACCACAUCUACCAUGGCCUCCACCAGACUAAGUCCAGUACAACUAGAUGGUGCCCAGCCACCACCACUGACUGCUAUGACAGGGAUCACAAUAGAGGGUCCCAGUCAGAGCUGGAGAAAAUUGUAGAAAAAAAUUCUAACUCACAAAAAAAGACCAGACUUACUGGCCUGACAGAGACUGGAGAAACCCCAAGACUAUGGCCCCCGGACACCCUUUUAGCUCAGUAAUGAAGUCACUCCCGAGGUUCACCCUUCAGCCAAAGAUUAGACACACCCACGAAACGAGACUAAUGGGACACACCAGCCUUGGGGCAAGGGCUAGAAGACCGGGGGGGGCGGGGGGACAGGAAAGCGGGUAACAGGGAACCCAAGGUCGAGAAGGGAGAGUGUUGAAAUGUUGUGGGAUUGUUAACCAAUGUCAUAAAACAACAUGUGUACUAACUGUUUAAUGAGAAACUAGUUUGUUCUGUAAACCUUCAUCUAACCAACCAACCUGUUGUUGUCAAGUCAUGGUUCACAAACCUUGAAGGACAGAGUAGAACUGCCCUAUAGGGUUUCCAAGGAGCACCUGCUGGUUUUGAACCUCCAACAUUUGGGUUAGCAGCUAUAGCUCUUAACCACUGUGCCACCAGGGUUUCGUCUAAAGUACAAUUUUAUUUAUAUAUAUGUAUCUACACACACACACACAUAUAUAUAUAUAUAUAUAUAACUAUGCUGACAACUUUAUAUUUAGUUAAGUUUUAAUUACUGAGAAAAUUUCAAAAACAACUUAUUUGCAAAUCAAAUCGAACAAUAAAAGAAAAAGUUUGAACAAAUGCUUUCUUACACGUUAUUUUCCUGGUGUACAAAAAGAAUUACAUAGAUUUUUUUAAUUAUAUUUUAUUCAGCUUUUGGUGGAAGUUUAUACAGCAAGUUAGGUUACCAAUUGACAGCUUACACACAAAUUGUUCAGUGGCAUUAGUUACAUCUAUCACAAUGUGUUAACCUUCUCUUUGUGUUCCGUUUGUUCCCUUUCUGGUACUCUAGUUUCCCUGCCCCUUUAUCCUCUCAUUCUUGCUUUUGAGUAAUUGUUGGCCUUUUGGUUUUACAGUGAUGGUUUUUAAGUAGGGCACUGAUCUUAUGGGUAAUAUCCAUAAGGUAAUCUCAGGGGACAGUCUCGGUUCCCCCAGAGUGUCUCAGGACAACAGUCUCAGGGAGUCCUCUGUUCUCCGCUGUUCCAGUUCGUCUGGCUUUGUUUGUUUGUUUGUUUGUUUUAAAUAAUCGUUUGAGUUCCGUUCCACAUUUUUCUCUCAAUCUAUCCAGGACCAACUAUUGUGACCCCGGUCAGAGCGGUCAGUGGUGACAGCCAGGCACCAUCUAUUUCUUCUGGUCUCAGGGUAGGUGAGCUUGUGGCUCGUGUAGGCUUGUUUCUUCUCCGAGCUUUUGGUUGCCUUCUUACCGUUCUGCUCCUGGAGAGCAGAGACCUGUAGGCAUGUUUAGAUGGCCGCUCACAUGCUUUCAAGACCACAGACACUACUCACUUUACUAGCAUGCGGAUCAUGGUUUUUAUGAACUAUGCUAUGCCAACUGACUGAGCUGUCCCAUCAGACUAUGGUCUUAAGCUUUCCAACUCAGAAACCUAUCUUGGAAGGCAUUUGGUUUUAUGUCUGAGGAGUAUUUGUAUUUGUGUCUUCAAUGAAUUCAUGUACCUGCACCUACAUAUUUGUAUUUACAAAUACCUAUACUUCUCUACUUGUUCCCACCUACAUGCACACCUGUACCCACAAAUAUGCCUAUACCCAUCCACAUGUGCUCAAAACCUCGAUUUAAUUAGAUAUUCUUAAGUGAAAUGGAAACCCUGGUGGCAUAGUGGUUAAGAGCUAUGGCAGCUAACCAAAAUGUCGGCAGUUCAAAUCCACCAGGCACUCCUUGGAAACCCUAUAGGGCAGUUCUACUCUGUCCUAUAGGGUUGCUAUGAGUUGGAAUCGACUUGACAGCAAUGGGUUUUUUUUUUUUUUUUUUUCUUUUCUUUUAAGCAAAAUGAGUAUCAUUAAGAGACUGCAGUGGAAAGUAAGCAGCCACUAGGGGUCAUCUUUUCAAGAGCACUGGCUUACAAUUAGGAAAAGGUCUAUUAUAGAUAAAUGUAUGCCUCUAAGCACCUCACAGUCUCUGAGUGGUGAAGACGGUUAAUCAGCUCAGCUGCUAACCAAAAGGUUGGAGGUGGGAGUCCAUUCAGAGGCACUUCCAAGAAAGGCCUGGAAAUCUACUUCCAAAGAAUCAGUGACUAAAAAACCGUACGGAGCACAGUUUUUCCCUGGCACACACGGGGUCACCAUGAGUCAGAAUCUACUGAACAGCAACUCUGUGUGUGUGUGUGUGUGUGUGUGUGUGUGUGUGUGUGUGUGUGUUUAUCACCUUCUCCCAUUCUUUUACAUACAUAAUGCAAACAACAGCACUGCUUUUGUACCCCACAAAUGUCACUUGGUUCUUUAAACAAAUAAUACCCUCCAAGGUCCUCCGAUGAAAGCUGAAGCUAUGGCUUGAAGGGAUACUAAGUAUGAAAAGCUGGGGAAUCCGAAGGAUGCCAAAAAGAUCUCUCCUUCCCAUUACAGAAAGCCUCUCCCCCAUUAUCACAACACUCUAUAGAUAAGGCAUAGCACCAUUACUAGAGAACAGAGAAGACUGUAUUAUAGUACUCUGCUUGCGCGCUAGACGGUGUACAAUUCAGAGGCUGGAAUGCUAGGUUAUUGCUCUUUGGAUUCUCCCCUCUGCCUAGCAAAUACUCGAAUGGUAGCUGAAUAUGGCAAACACUCAGCAAAGCCUCCCUGGGUCAUAACCCUACUGCCCUAUCCCAUACUCCUGGUUGAAAAUAAUGACUUCUCUCGCUGUUGGGGCACGUGUUAGAGCCCUCAUUUCACUUCCCUUUACUGGUUAGCUGUUUUCCUGACUGCAUCCCUGAAAGAGAGUUAGGUUUCCUAAAGACAGACAAUAUGGGCAUGUUUACUUGGUAUCUCCACAGUGCUCCUCACAGACCACAGACUCCGAGAGUUUCAAAUGGAAUGUGUCACUGUCCUCCCAGUCUGAGUGCACAGAGAGAUGGAAAUGCUGACCUAUCAUCACUAAUACUCAUUUUGGCAGAUUUUUCAAAAGAUGGUGACCUAUUUGUACAUAUCUAUCCCUACUCUUUUUCCUGGAUCCCUUUGUGUCUCAAAAAUGUAAUUAAUAUCAGAUUAUCUGGGACUGUGGAAUUGUGGUACCAAUUUAUAUCCUCUAGAGAAAAUGCGCAGAGUGGGCAUACUCUGUAAACAUACCAUAGCCUCAACACGACCAUCAUAAGGUGAAGCCCGGGCCUCCUUCUAUGCGCCCUCAAAGGUCCUGGGGACCCUGGAAUGUGCCUACAUUGCUGGCCUCAUCUCCUCACUGCCCUUCCAUCCUUUCAAUUUUACCCUCUUCUAUAAAUGUGUAACUGCCAGACACACCAUGUUCCUUUCAGCCCUGACCCACCACACGUGACUCACACAGAAAACUCCUGUCCAUCCAUAAAACCCUGCGUGGCGAUCAACUAGUCCAUGAAGUCUCACGUAGGCAACUCCCUCUUCUAUACUCUGUCAUGUCUCAUUAUCGUACUUAUCACAAUGCUUUGUAAUUCCUUGCUCACACAUGUGUCUACCCUUUAAAUAACCUGUGUAUCUUAUUCAGGGCAGAUUGUAUCUUACCAUGCGAUCAAUAUAUGCUUGAUGAAAUAAGCUCCACUAGUUUUACUUUUAUAUAUAUUAGGGGAACAAGAGGAAAAACCAGGUCUCUUUGAUGUUUUUCUUAUCAACAGGUGAUAUAUGUGCCUUGAAACAAAGGCUCAAGCUCUUUUCACAUACCCUCCCAUAGAGUGUACAGCGGGGCUUGGGGAAGAAGUGUCCUGGGUUUACCAGGGAAUACUUAAUAAGGAAGUAGGGUUACUAAGCAGCACAUGUGUAGCUUGGGGGUUCAUGUUUGACGACAUUUCAGUUUUAAACCUAUUGAUAAAAUGCUUCAGCUAUGUACUGCUGGUUUCUGUUAAGUAAAAUGUGUAAUGGUAGCUUAUUAAAAUCUCUGGAAUGUCCUAUAGAAAGUACUCCUGAUGUCUGAUUUUCAUUCUCAAAUAAAAGAAUUAAGUUACGAUAACUUUUAGGGAUAUCACUAAUCCACAUUGCCUGUGUUAAGUGCAGUACAGGUCACAAGUCGACAGUAAUACUGUAUGACGAGGAUCUGCUUCUGAGCCAGCCUUGUUAAAAAUAAAUACAAAUACUCAGUGGUGUUAACCUUGGUAUUUCACUUCUAAUGACUUUUUGAACAUAAAGUGAAUGUAGGUAUUGCUAAUGUGUAAGAUUUAAAAAAAAAAAAAAAACAGGGAUCUUUCAAGUUAAAAUUUCAAAGAAAUUCUGUCCUCUAUCAAUACAUAUCCCUGAUUCCACAAUAAUAACAUUACAGUCAGCAACAGAGCGCCUGAUGUGCACAAUGAAAUAAUCUACCCAGAACUUGGAGAAGACAUAUAUUAGAGAUAUCUUAAAAUAAGAUUCACAAAAUUAAAAGCAACUACUUGAAAAGAUUUUCCAAACUAGCAAUCACAAAAUUAAAUUCUAGAAGAAGCUGUGGAAGUGGAUGCUAUACCAAAACCAUUUUUGCUGAGUCGAUUCCAACUCACAGUGACCCCUAUGGAACAGAGUAGAGCUGCCCCAUAGGAUUUUCCAAGGAGCAGCUGGUAGAUUCGAACUGCUGACCUUUUGGUUAGCAGCUGAGCUCUUAACCACUUCGUCACCAGGACUCCAAGGAUGCUAUACCAUAGCCAUAAUUAGCAUAGAAAAGGGGACCAAAAAAAAAAAGGGCAACUUUGAAGGAAUAUGUGAGCUCAGAAAAUGAUUAAUGACUUUUUGUCAAAAGCUAAAAUGUAUUUUUAAUGGCUAACAGGACAAGGUCUUCUGAAUCUGGGCGGGAUGGAGGCAUUGUGCCACCCACAGAGAAGAAUUCUUGAGAAACCAACAAAAAUUAAUGUACAGAGAAAGCGGGAAGCAGAGAAGCACUGUGAAUUCCCAACUUGCAGAAGUUAGGGGGCUAAUAAACCUUUUAAAAUAUUAUUCCAUCUUAAUUCCACUCCUUCGUAUAUUCCAUAUCUGUUGAAAGGUGGUCCCUUCCUUAUCUUUCUAAAGUCUUCUUUGUAAAAUGUCUAUCCAUUGUCCCCAGGCAAGCUGUGUUCCUCCAGCCAUUUACUGGAUCAAAAUGCACACAGAUCUUAACAGAACAAAACAUCCAGAGCAGCAAAGCCCAGACCCAGCAGUUCCUAAACUCUAAAGAAACGUAGGUUUAGUGGACAGCGGUCUUACUAAGCGCAGAACUCAUAAGCCAUUUGAAACGCCUAGAAACACAACUCAACAUAUUGAGUUUAAAAUGGAAGUGAUAUGGAUAAAAAAUACACGUGUUAAAUCAGUGGGUCUCAAACUUUGCUGGGCAUCGGAAUCACCUGAGACA